AUGGCGCUUUAUAAUUCACUACUCGGAUCCCUCAACUGUUUUGCCGGUGGGGUAUUCUUAGGAGUGGCUUUCUUGCACCUGAUCCCAGAGGCUAGGGCCGAAAUGGACGAAGUAAUGACUGAAGCUAAUAUUCACACCCAUUAUCCUCUAACAGAACUGGCGGUGGUAAUAGGACUCUUUCUUGUGUUGAUUUUUGAAAUGGUUUUGAUGCUGUGUAUAGGCCGUGGCGGCUACUUACUUCGACAUCUUCAUGGGCAUUCUCACCCCGAUGCAGACAUGCCGACAGACGUGGGGAAAGUGCAGUUAACAGACACGAACCAUGAAGAGGACAAACCAAGCGGACAGCCGGGCGAUCCUACGCUUUCAAGUAACACAGAUGAUAACAGCAGUGGGACGCUUUCUGAACCCAAUGUUCUCGACUGCACAGACGACACGGAGUUAAUAGCAGCUAAGACAGGGGCAGUUCCAAAAAUACGUAUUCUUCUUCUGUAUCUUGCCCUUUCGUCACAUACUGUCUUCGAGGGGCUGGCUCUUGGAUUGCAGGACAGUAGUGUCCAAUUAUGGACUUUAUUUGGUGCCAUGAUGGUCCACAGAGAGCUUGAAAGUGGCACACCAUCACAGGGACUGAAAAAAACAUUUUUCAUCGUUCUGGGUGUUGCUGUAAUGGGAGCUCUUGCAAUCCUCGAAUAG